AUGAAUGUCCUCCAGAACCAAGGUUUGCCGAGUAAUGGCGCUCCUCCGAGGGGCAGCCGGACUUCCCAUCUCACCGCUGCCUCCCUGAUCAACGACGCCCUCAACGCUGGCGCUCAGUCUCGCAUUCCCUCCUUGAACCCUCAUAAAGACGCACGUGCUAUCAUCCGCCUCGUUCAGUGCUCUCAGUGCUCUCUUCCUUUUCAGAAUCCCUUGACACUUCCGUGCGGCAACUCGUUAUGUCGAAAAUGCCUGCCACCCGUUCGCCAACGAGAACAUAUAAGCUAUCCAAAUAUCGCGAGUCGGCAAGAGGGCUUCACUUGCCCAUUCUUGACCUGUAGAAAAGACCACGCACUUGGGGACUGCUGCCAAGAUGUUACACUAAGCAAAAUUGUGGAAAGAAUCAGUGUCGAGGCGUCGAAAUACAGGCUUCUGACCCCCGAGACCCCAACGUUGCUGGAUGAAAGGCUGCGCUGGAAAAACAUGAUCGACAGCUCUAAGGACGAGAGAAAAGCCUCGUCACGCAUCAUCAAUGGAGGACGAUUACUUGCAACAUACACGCUAGCAGAGUAUGGGCAGUUGAGGUACGACUCUGAAGUCGCAUACCAAACCAUGUCAUCAAACGGCGAUACGUAUGAGAUUCUUGACAUCAAAAUGCUUAACCACUUGAAGGAAACCAUCAAGAACGAACUCGAUUGUCAGGUCUGUUAUGCCUUAAUGCUCGACCCGCUGACGACCAAUUGCGGUCAUACCUAUUGUCGCAAGUGUGUAGCCCGCAUUCUCGAUCACUCAUCCCUAUGUCCGAUAUGUCGAAGAUCUUUGCAAAUGCCUCCCGGUGCAACGGGUGUCGCAAGCAACCACAGCCUUUCGAAAUUGCUUUUGACUCUUUGCCCUGACCUGUUGGCGGCAAGGCAAGAGGCAGCUGAUAAGGAAGAAACAAUGCAGGGGGACACAAAUGUUCCGCUUUUCGUAUGCACUCUUGCUUAUCCAGCCAUGCCAACCUUUCUUCACGUUUUCGAGCCUCGGUAUCGCCUGAUGAUGCGCAGGGCAGUAGAAAACGGAGACCGCAAAUUUGGUAUGAUCAUGUACAACCACCGUGGCGAAGCUCAAGGGAACUUGGGACACUCUCACUUUAUGGAGUAUGGAACGAUGCUACAUAUAAACACCAUUCAGAUGAUGCCCGAUGGACGCAGUGUGCUUGAAACUCGCGGUGUUUUCCGCUUUCGUGUAAAAUCCUCAGGUGAACUCGAUGGGUACAUCAUCGGCAAUAUCGAACCUGUCCAGGACAUUUCUUUGGCAGAAGAAGAAGCAAUUGAGGCCCGUGAGACUACGCUUCUUCCUGCGAUGCCAGAUGAUAUGGCUGGACAGAUUGAUCGUAUGUCAACGCUCGAACUUCUCCAUAUCGGUACAGAUUUCAUCGCACGGACAAGAGCAGCGAGCGCUCCUUGGCUACGGGGUGCGCACGUUGCUAGCUAUGGCGAGAUGCCUCUGGAUCCAGCGUUGUUUCCUUACUGGUUUGCCAGUGUUCUCCCAAUCAACGAGGACGAAAAGUACAGGCUCUUACCUACCACGAGCGUCAGGGAAAGAUUGAAGAUCACGGCACGAUGGGUGAAAAAGAUCGAAGCGCAAAAUUGGGAUGAGCUUGAUGACGCCGACUUGUUUACGUCUGACUCUUCCGAUGACGAGACGCCUGAAGCGGAAGACGAGGCUUCGGGGGAAGAGACUGUCUUGACUCCGCCAAGUCGCCAGGCCGUCCAGCGAUCCGACGAUCCAGAAGAUGAGCCUGCAGCAGCGACUGAGAGAGUGGACAACUCCUCUCCAAUUGACGGUCCUGAUCGAGCCCCCAAUGCGGAGCGCGAGUAG